UGCAGCUCUUCCUAUGCACCAAGCUACACUACCUGGAUCUGAGUGAUAACCAUCUGACCUUCAUUCCAGAUGAGAUCCAGUACCUGACCAAUCUGCAGUACUUCGCCGUGACCAACAACAACAAACAUGAUUCCAGUGACAGAGUUCCGGCAGUUCACCGAGCAGCAGCCCGCCUUCCGGGUGCUGAAGCCGUGGUGGGAUGUGUUCACAGAUUACCUCUCAGUGGCCAUGCUGAUGAUUGGGGUGUUUGGAUGUACUUUACAGGCUUUUCCAACCCAUUACUCUCUUUGCCUGGGAAAUUUUUGCAUCACCCUGGAUAUAGAGGAACAUAAAGUCAUGCAAGACAAGAUCAUCUGCCUUCCGAAGAGAGUGCAGCCUACUCAGAACCACUCCUCUGUUUCCAAUGUCUCUCAGGCGGUCAUCAGUACCACCCCGCUGCCUCCACCUAAGCCCUCUCCAACCAACCCCACCACCGUGGAGAUGAAAGGGCUGAAGACGGAUCUGGACCUUCAGCAGUACAGCUUCAUCAACCAGAUAUGCUAUGAGCGAGCCCUCCACUGGUAUGCCAAGUACUUCCCGUACCUCGUGCUCAUCCACACCCUGGUCUUCAUGGUCUGCAGCAACUUUUGGUUCAAAUUCCCAGGUUCCAGUUCCAAGAUAGAGCAUUUCAUCUCCAUCCUGGGGAAGUGCUUUGACUCCCCAUGGACCACGCGCGCACUCUCUGAAGUGUCUGGGGAGGACUCAGAAGAGAAAGACAACAGGAAGAGCAACAUGAACAGGACCAAUGCCAUCCAGUCUGGUCCUGAAGGCAGCCUGAUCAACUCCCAGUCUCUCAAGUCGAUUCCUGAGAAGUUUGUGGUUGACAAAUCUACCGCAGGGGCUCUGGACAAAAAGGAAGGUGAGCAGGCAAAGGCCUUGUUUGAGAAGGUGAAGAAGUUCCGGCUACACGUGGAAGAAGGUGAUAUUCUGUACGCCAUGUACGUCCGCCAGACCGUGCUCAAGGUUAUCAAGUUCCUAAUCAUCAUUGCAUACAACAGCGCUCUGGUUUCCGAGGUCCAGUUUACAGUGGACUGUGACAUAGACAUCCAGGACAUGACGGGCUAUAAAAACUUCUCUUGCAAUCACACCAUGGCCCAUCUGUUCUCUAAACUCUCCUUCUGUUACCUGUGCUUCGUAAGCAUCUAUGGCUUGACGUGCCUUUACACCUUAUACUGGCUGUUCUACCGUUCUCUGAGGGAAUAUUCUUUCGAGUAUGUCCGGCAGGAAACUGGAAUUGAUGACAUCCCAGAUGUGAAAAACGACUUUGCUUUUAUGCUCCAUAUGAUAGAUCAAUAUGACCCUCUGUACUCCAAGAGGUUUGCGGUGUUCCUGUCUGAAGUCAGUGAGAACAAAUUAAAGCAGCUCAAUUUAAAUAACGAGUGGACCCCUGACAAACUGAGGCAGAAGCUGCAGAUGAACGCCCAUAACCGCCUGGAGCUGCCUCUGAUCAUGCUGUCAGGCCUUCCGGACACCGUGUUUGAAAUCACGGAGUUACAGUCUCUGAAACUAGAGAUCAUUAAGAAUGUCAUGAUUCCCGCCACCAUUGCCCAGCUGGACAACCUUCAGGAACUCUCUCUGCACCAGUGUUCUGUCAAAAUCCACAGUGCAGCACUCUCUUUCCUGAAGGAAAACCUCAAGGUCUUGAGCGUCAAGUUUGAUGACAUUCGGGAGCUGCCCCCCUGGAUGUACAACCUCCGCAAUCUGGAAGAGCUCUAUCUGGUCGGCUCUCUGAGUCAUGACAUCUCCAAAAAUGUCACCCUGGAGUCCCUGCGGGAUCUCAAAAGCCUUAAAAUCCUCUCCAUCAAAAGCAACAUCUCCAAAAUCCCUCAGGCUGUGGUGGACGUGUCCAGCCACCUCCAGAAGAUGUGCAUCCAUAACGACGGCACCAAGCUGGUGAUGCUGAACAACCUGAAGAAGAUGACCAAUCUGACAGAGCUGGAACUGGUACGAUGCGAUCUGGAGCGCAUUCCCCAUGCUGUGUUCAGCCUGCUCAGCCUCCAGGAACUGGACCUGAAGGAAAACAACCUGAAAUCGAUAGAAGAGAUCAUGAGCUUCCAGCACUUGAGAAAACUAACCGUGCUCAAACUGUGGUAUAACAGCAUCACCUACAUCCCAGAGCACAUCAAGAAACUGACUAGCCUGGAACGACUGUUUUUCAGCCACAAUAAGGUAGAGGUGUUGCCUUCCCACCUCUUCCUAUGCAACAAAAUCCGAUACCUGGACUUGUCCUAUAAUGACAUUCGCUUCAUCCCACCCGAAAUAGGAGUUCUGCAAAGUUUACACUACUUUUCCAUCACUUGUAACAAGGUUGAAAGCCUUCCAGAUGAACUCUACUUUUGCAAGAAACUUAAAACUUUGAAGAUUGGUAAAAACAGCCUCUCUGUGCUUUCACCAAAAAUUGGAAAUUUACUAUUUCUUUCCUACUUAGACAUCAAAGGUAAUCACUUUGAAGUCCUCCCCCCUGAGCUGGGAGAUUGUCGGGCUCUGAAGCGAGCUGGAUUGGUCGUGGAAGAUGCUCUGUUUGAGACUCUGCCCUCAGAUGUCCGGGAGCAAAUGAAAGCAGAGUAGCUUAUUUUUACAUCAAAACAUGAUUGAAACACGCUUCUACCAAAUACAAUAUAAAGAAUUAGGUAGUCUUAAUGCCUUUCCAAUAUUAUGUUUGGUUUUUUUGGGGGGGUUGUUUGUUUUUGUUUUCACACAAGACAAAAUGUACACAAAGAUUGAGUUAAGGAGUAUGUAUUUUUUAAUAAAAAUUUAAUUGUAUUUUUCAAUAUUAAUAUUUUAAAAUUUUAUUUGUCCUGGAAGCUAUUACAUCUGUUGUUAUUUCCUACCAACAGGAAUGGGUAGUUCCAUCUGGCUUUGGGCUUUGUUUUGUUUACUUCAGUUCAGUUCAUUCUAUAAGGAAAGCAACUGUAAAUUCUGUGCGUUUUGGCAUAUUUGAAAUGGGUGGAGAUAACUUUGCCAACACCACUUUUACCUUGUUUCUAUUUGUCCGAGCCCUUGUUUGUGUUUUCAUCAUGUGUACCAAGGAGUCUGUGCCAGUAAUUUUACUAUCAGCUGUCUUCUUCAUUGGCCAAUUUUCUCACUCUGUAGAAACUCUGCAGUGUAAGUUCACACAAGUGCAUUGUCACAGAGUAUUAUCUUGAAAAUCCUCCCUCUGCCAACACUGUUAAUUGUAUAAUUCCCUGAACAACAGUUUCAGGCAGCCUUGGAUGGGUUUUUUAAGUGGGUGAAGAAAGCAACGCCUAGCAGUUGUCAUCCUUGUGUUUUCUGAUCAUUUGCUGUUUACCUAAUUUGUAUUUUUACCAACAGUCUAAAAUUUGUUAUUAAAAGUCAAGUACAACUGCUCCCCAUCCACCUCAGUGUUGUCACUUGGUGAACAACCUUAGGGAAAUUAGAUUCAUUUUAAUAUUCUAACAGAUAAUUAAAUUUUAAAUCAUAGAAUUAGAAGCCUGUUUUGAGUAAUUUAAUCAUUUUUGAUGUCUUGAUGUGUGGGCACAUCAGAUGGUAAACAAACUUGCUACUAAGGCACUCUGUUAAAAAGCUGAUCUAUUCCACGCAGGCCUUCUCCCUCCUUGGGCCCUGUGUAAUGAUGACUAAUACACUUUCUGCCUGCUGAACAGAAUAGCCCAGUAUACACAUAUGUAUAGUCAUCAACUUUCCGCAAGCCUGCCCUCGAUGCGGAUGCUAGUGAUGCAAGCAUGGGAACACCUCAGCUGUCUGCUUAAAAUUAAGUCAGUCCUGACAGUUCCCAGAUGGGUGACUGACCUGCAAGUGUUGUCACUUAGCGAUAAUCCCUGCCUGGUUGCUGCCAGAGCCUUUCCUUAACCUUUGUCUUCCUAAAAUCCAGCCUUGUGUGGAGACUCGAACUACACAGUUCACUGACUGUAAGGAAAAGCCUUAAUUCAACAGAGAGUAGGAAGGUGAUCUGGGGUUUGACAUCCUGUUUGAACAAUGUUUCCUUGGUCCCCAUGACCUCACCCAGCCCUGUUUUUUGUGACAUGCAGACAUGUAGCAGGCAACUCUGGGAGGCACUGGGCAGACACAUAGACCUCAUUUGACUUUAGAUAGCUGUAAGGGUGUAGCUCAGUGAUGAAACACUUACCUCACAGUAAAGCCCCAGAGCCUGAGUUUAGUCACAUGACACUAGGAAACAGAGGUGGAGGGAGGAGCGAAAUACUCUUCAUUUUGAGUGGAUGAAGAAUGAGUCACAGAUCCAUGUGAUAGGCCAGCCAUGUUGAGCAAAUGCUUCUUUCCAUUUAAGGUUUCAGUCAUGAUUUCUUUAAACCUGGAAUUGAAAUAAUAAUAUUCUGAAAUGCUGUUAUGGCUAUACUUCUUAUGAAGAAAUACUCAAUUUUAGCAUGUGGAGAUCCUGAGUAUGAGUGCUGUGUCGUGUUCAGAGACAGCUCUGUCUUAAAGAAGGGACGUUAGGGGCAGACUGCUAUUGAUCAGGAGUAACCUGCCUGGCAAAGUAAACCAAGUCAGUGGUUUGAUUGUCUUGAUUGUUAAAAUUUAUGGUUGUUUCCAGAAUUACCCUUCAAAGGGGAAUCUCUUCAGGUUAAAUGCCAUAUUUAUGCUGAAAUCUUUACAUGGCAUUAACUGAAAAUCCCAUAUGGGUUCACAACUAAAAUAAGUCACCAAUAACUCAAUUUUAUCAAGCUUCCAAAAUAAUUUGAUUUAUUUUCAUAAUGGUUCUGCAGGCUGACUCCCAUUCCAAGUUGUAAAUAGCAUUCAGUAAACCUCAAGUCUGUGACCUUAUGUUUUAACCAAGAGGAAAAUAUUCAUAAAUGUUUCUAUCAGAUUUUAUAAAACUUCCUAAGCCUCAAACUUAACUUUGAAGAAUUUAAAUUUUCUGAUCCUUGUCCUUUUUUAAAUACAGUCAGCUUUUGUUCACAUUCUUUGAGUAAGAUGCAUUUGAUCACUAUCUAGCCUUCCAACGGGACACUCAGGUACCUGAACUGCUGAAUUUUCUAACGUUCUUUGAUCCAACUCGGCACACAGAGGCUGUCGGCCUUGUUACUCUGUGUUUACCAAGUGCUCUUGCUGAGGAGGACCAGCCAACUCUUUGUCCAAUCUCUUGACUCACAACAAACUCCUGUGUAAAUCACAAAUGUGCCAUCUGUAUUGUGAACUCCAGGCGUCAAAGCUCCAGCUCCAGGUGGCAAGUUGUAUAAUGAGGUCUACUCACAGAGUCCAGAAAGAAGCACCUGUCUGGUGGGUUGUCUGAUUGGAGGUCCUAACGGAGCCAUCUAAGGGACUGGCAGGAUGGCUUUGUGGGUGAAAGGCACUUGCCACCUAUACUGGAGCACCUGAGUUUGAGUCCCAGGGUCCAUACAGUGAAAGGAGAGAACCAGCUCCCUUAAGUUGUCCUCUAGCCUCCACAUAGGUGCCCGCCAUGGGCACCUACACAAAACGCACACACAGACUAAUGUAAUUUUUUAAAUCAUAAAAAACACACCUAAGAAAAAAAUACCCCAGAACAAUAUUGUGUUUUCUUAUCACAGGAUCUGGAUAUCAAAUCCAAAUUUCAAAUCCAAAGUUUGAAUAUCAAAACUCUAGAUGAGAUAAAACCUGAUACCUACAUGUUUAGGUUCCUCACAUUGUCCACCCAGCUUGCCCUGGAUGUUGUAAUGAGCUCCAGCAAUCUCCAUGGUGUCUUGAGCAGCAAGCAGGCCUGCUUAUUUUGGCAGCUGGUGAAAUUUUCCUGCCCCACAGAUUUUGUUCAUUUUGAUCCUAGGUCCUGUUUCCAAAGGGUCUGAGACAACUGGGGCUCUUUUGGGUUUCUUGACCCAAAAGAAGCCUGGUUUCUUCCAGCAUUCUUGUUUACAGUUUCUGUUUAUCUCUAAUCAAUUUUGUACCAGAUGCCCAAUCAACAGCAUUGUCAUUUUCAACAGGAGCAUUUAUGGCUCAACCAAACAAAAAUCCGUUAGCAGCACUCUUGCAAAUAACAUAAAUGUUGACGUGGUCUCAGCUUUUCAGAGAGUAAACUAAGACCGCAUUAGUAUUGUCCUGUGACUCCUGACUGUGAUGGUGCUGAAAAGAAUUAACACUGGGGCAGAAUCCCAAGAACAGAGUCCUACUCAUGGUGACCCUGAGGAGACUUCCUAGAAAAGUCUGUGUGAUGUUUGCAUCUUAUCUCUUUAGGGACAAAGUAAGAAAACUCACACAGUCUUACCUAGAGCUGCCAUGAGUUUUCAGACUGUUAAUUCCCGAUCUUCAAGCUUCUGAUAAUUUGGUAUCAGCCUUCCAAACAAGUACCCUCCCCCAUUACCCUUCCCCAGGGUCACCCACUAAUAAAGGUGACAUCUUUAUGUUUAUCUGAAGGAGAGAAAGGAGAGUCUCCCUCUGCCCCCGGGAAUUAUUUUUUAAUCAGAGAGAUAAAGAACAUGUACCGAGUAACUUCUUGACCAAAUAGCAGUCAUUCUGUAUUUAGGGUUUGACUUGGUUUCUGAGCCAGGGUCUUGCUCUAUAGCCCAGGCUGAGCUUGAACUUGAGAACCUCUUGCCUCACCUUCCUGGGCACUGGAUUACAGGUGUUCACCCCUGACCUGCAUGGUUUCUAAUGUAUUUGUUUUCAUCUUCAUUCUCCCACCAUGCUUCUCUUUGGGGUUGACACUCUAUGCCUUAUGUGCUUGCUCAGUGUUUGUCUUGCAUUUGUUUACAAUGUUCACAGUGCAUUCAGACUGUCGAGUGCUGGUGAACUCUUGGACUGGCAAGAAAAAGGACUGAGAGUUGAUUUGUCAUAAUACAUGUUCAUGAAAGGAAAUGUCUUAAUGUUAUUUGGCUAUGUAGUGUAUAGGCACAAAACUAACUUAAAUAAAGUCAUUUUUUGUAACAUG